UGCCCGCUAACUUUUUCCCGCGCGUUUGACCGAAGUACGAAUCAAACGUCAAAAUAACAAAAACAAAAAAUAAUCAAAUCAGCUGAUCAGAAUCGUCUCAUGAAUGGUAUAUUGUCGCAUUUCAGGACUAAUCCAGUUACAAAAUUGAAAUAUUCGCAAAUGAUAAAAGUGCUGCAUCAGUUUCAAGUCCUAGCUCGAAAAGCUUUCAGCAAAAAGUAUCUUCUUUAUACUAACGUGGGGAUAUCCAUCAGCUUGUCGGGUGUUGGUGAUAUAAUUGAACAGCAUUACGAAAUCUACACCAAUACUCUCGAAUCCUGGGAUCGACAACGGACACACCAAAUGUCCGUCUCGGGAAUGACGGUUGGAAUAUUCUGCCACAACUGGUACAAUUUGAUGGAUCGUAAGUUUCCCGGUCGAACACUAAGGAUAGUGCUUAAGAAAGUUCUAAUAGACCAAGCUAUUGCUUCACCGAUAGUAAUUUUUCUAUUCUUCACAACUUUGGGAGUUUUACGAAGGUCAUCUGUAAGCGAAACAGUACAGGAAAUGAAAGAGAAAUUUUUCCGUCUUUACACGGCGGAAUGGGUUGUUUGGCCUCCAGCGCAGUUGUUCAAUUUUUAUGUUUUACCUACUAAAUAUCGUGUUCUCUAUGACAAUACCAUUUCACUUGGGUAUGAUGUUUACACAAGUUAUGUUAUAAAUGAAAAAAGCGAUCAUCGGAUAGACAAUAGCUGAUGCUUAUCUAAAAUUUAAUGCUCAACUGAGAAAGGGUCAAAAGCGUACAUAUUUGAAAACAAAAACAGUUUUUUCACUACCCUUUCACAAUCUUCAUAGAUAUCAAUCAACGUAGUCGGGCAUAGUUAAAAUGGAAAAUGACAUGAUAUCAAAAGACUGAAUUGUUAAAAAAGGUAUAUAAGUUCAUUGGAUUUUUGGAGACCUUUGCCAAUGGUAGCAUAGCGUAGCAAAAACGACCGCACUCAUCAUGGAUGGCUGAUACAGUGAAAUCUUUUUAUACGACAGUAUAGUUCACUGCACACCUGACCAUAUCCUUACGAUCGAAAAAGGGAAGGAAAUGUUAGUUGAUUACCUACUUAAGAAGAUAUGGGGAACCCACGCAAUCUACAUAGGUAUUACGGAUGUUCGAUUUUGUUAGUAGGGAAGGAAAAUGACAUGUAUGUUUGGAGUGAUUUUAUAUGUUCAACUAAAUGGAUAAUUAUAAUUAUUAUAAAUCGGAUUGAUAUCACCAGAUUUAUUCGGGUGAUGGCACCACCGACAGACUACUUUCUCCAAACGUGCCGCUUGGCUGGGUCACCAGUCACCACAGCAAUUAAAAACUUGAGAUGUAGUUGACGAAGAAGGCAUCGGUGAGGAGCCGGGUGACGAUUCUGACUGCAAAUCCGCAACAAAACCGAUGCUGACGUUUUCACUAAACUGACUGAUUUUCACUAUUUGGCACACUCGCACAAGAAAGCUUCACAGUUUUGAACAACUUAUUUCUUCAGUACAAAAACUCUAAACUUGCAGUAUCAAGAACUAUUUUUCAAUCAGUGAAAAAACGUGACACCUUAUGAAGACUGUCAAUGGUGUGCAUAAGCUGUUUUUUCGUUUUCAACGAUGGCCGCUUUUUGAAACUCUCAGUUGAACCUUAACAUACAGUUUAUAGGGAACAAUACAACACAAUUUAUUCAGAAUGACAGAUACUGCCUAUAAUCGCAAGUCAGUCCCAUGUGGAUAGGGAACCCCAUACAACAUGGGACUGACUUACGAUUAUGGGCAGGAUAGGUAAUAUAAAAUAUACUUGGAGGUUGUCAAUAGAGUAACUUAUACUACUUAGAUAAAAGAAAUAACUCGCAAAAAAUAAGCAAGAUAACUGAUGGCUAUUGACGUAUUUCGCAAAAAGUACCUUCUUCCAAUGUAUAACGAAAUUAUCGCUAACGUAGAUUCCUUGGCCAGAUGUAUAACUAUAGCUAACAGGUUUCCGUGUGAUUUAUAAUUUAAAGUUUCCGAAUAAAAUGAGAUCGAGUGAUAUAAAUCGUCAUACAUUUUAGGGUUUCGAAUUAUUUUUGUUUAACAAAGAUCCACCAUUUUCAUGACAGUGUUUAUUUUA